CUUAAUUUUCAUUCCUUUUAAUUCCACAAAAUUUUUCUUUAUUUAUUUAGUAAUAAUUUAUUCAUACAAUUUAAGAAUCCUUAUAUCGAAUCGAUAAGGAUUCUGUUAAAAUAUUUCUCAAUCGAUUUAAUGUUUUGAUUUAAUUGAAUGAGUGGAGAGAAACAAUGUUUGAAACAAACAGCAUACCAAGAUCAAAAUUCAACAAUGUAUUACAUUCAGACCCUGGAAGGUCUUCUAUUACCGAUGAUGACUUUGGUGUUAGAAACAGUAGUGUUUCAGCGGCAAGCCCUGGUUUUUAUGAUCGAAACCGAUUAAGUGGUGAAGUAUCACCAUGUAAUAUGUCGCCAUGGAAUCAAACUUCACCUUACACAAAAUCUCCAUGGUCAUCAUCUCCCAACACACCAUUUGAUGAAAGUUCCCCGCCGAACGGUCUAAUUGGAUCAUUAGUUCGUGAAGAAGGUCAUAUUUAUUCAUUAGCUGCCACGGGGGAACUUCUUUACACCGGGUCGGACUCGAAAAACAUUCGUGUUUGGAAGAACUUGAAAGAAUUCUCUGCAUUCAAAUCCGCAAGUGGAUUAGUUAAAGCAAUCGUAAUCUCCGGUGAGAAAAUAUUUACGGGUCAUCAAGACGGUAAAAUUCGAGUUUGGAAAGUUUCGGCUCGAAAUCCAAGUGUCCAUAAACGAGCCGGAACUCUCCCGUCUUUGAAAGAUAUGAUCAAAAGUUCAUUAAAACCAAGUAAUUAUGUUGAUUAUAAAGGUCAUCGCUCGCUCUGGAUUAAACACUCGGAUGUCGUCUCUUGUUUGAGCUUAAGUUUAGAACAAGGACUUCUUUACUCGGGUUCUUGGGAUAAAACUUUAAAAGUAUGGAGAAUUUCAGACUUAAAAUGUAUUGAAUCUAUUAAUGCGCACGAUGAUGCUGUAAAUUCGGUUGUAUCUGGUUUUGAUGGGUUAGUAUUUACCGGAUCAGCAGAUGGUACCGUCAAAGUUUGGAGAAGAGAAUUGCAAAAUAAAUCAACAAAACAUGUUUCUAUGCAAACGUUACUCAAACAAGAAUGUGCUGUGACAGCAUUAGCAGUAAAUCCAGGUGCUUCAAUUGUUUACUGUGGAUCAUCAGAUGGACUCGUUAACUAUUGGGAACGUGAUAAACAAUUGUCCCAUGGUGGUACACUCAAAGGACACAAACUUGCUGUUUUAUGCUUAGCUGCUGCAGGGAAUUUGGUAUUUAGUGGAUCAGCCGAUAAAACAAUUUGUGUUUGGCGAAAAGAUGGAGGUGAUCAUACUUGUUUGUCUGUUUUAACUGGUCAUACCGGCCCUGUUAAAUGUUUAGAUGUUGAAAAUGAUCAAGAAUCAAGUAAGAAAGAUCAACGUUGGAUAGUCUAUAGUGGAAGUCUUGAUAAAUCAGUUAAGGUUUGGAGUGUUGCUGAAAAAGCACCAGACAUUCAUCAAAUGGCUAUGGAUCAACAAUUUCAUCACGACCCUUCCUACGAUCAAUCGUCUUUGCCACCAUCUUAAAGUUUUUCUAAUUAUAGAGAAGAUAAUUAGAAACCGGACCUUCACAAUUCAAAAUGAUUUAUGAAUGUUAAUUUCACUAAUGAGUUUAUUUGUAACAUUUUGUAACUAACAAUAAUCUGGAAAUCGGUGAGAAAUUAAAGAGGAAAGAAGAAUAUAUCUGAGUAUGAAAAAAAAAAAAAAUUCUUUAGUGAAGAGGGUUAAUGAAUUGAUUGCUUUAUAAGAUUGUAUAAAACUACUAAAUCCCAAGAUUUGUCAUGUCAUAUAAAAUCUAUUUAUUUAUUUGUUGAUCAUGAUAAA